UGAGGAGAGAACUGAUCUGAUUGGAUGAUUUAUUUAUCACUGACUCUGCACUCGGCUGUAUUUCUGUCUCUAUUCAGUGUGUGGAAGUCAGUGACAAGUGAAUUCAUCUGAGCUGCUGGUUUACUGACAAACUUCAGGAUGAAAUUAUUUCUCAUCUUUUUCACACUAAUGUGUGUGAGGGACACUGAAUCACAGUUUAAACAUCAUGAACUGCGAAUAGCCGAAUGUUCAGAGAAGAAUAAGGAGUUUAUGUACGGGUCUGACGGAGAUGAGCGGUUUUAUGCAGAUUUUGAGAAGAAGAAAGGAGUGAUAAUGCUGCCUCCCUUCGCUGAUCCGAUUGAGUACCCCGGAUUCUACGAGUUUGCCGAGGGUGAAAUGGCCACCUGCCAAAACAACUUAAAGUUGUCGAUAAAGGACUUUAAAGACCAGCCGGUGCCACAGGAUGCCCCACAAAGCUCCAUCUAUCUCAAACAAAAGAUGCAGCUGGGUUCAGAGAACAUGCUCAUCUGUCAUUCCGCACGAUUUUUCCCUCCACCUGUUACUGUACGCUGGACCAAAAACAGUGUGGAUGUGACGGAACAAUCCACACUCAGCCGCUAUUACCCGAAUAAGGACAAAACCUACAACCAGUUCUCCCACCUGCCCUUCACUCCACAGGAAGGAGACGUUUACACCUGCACGGUGGAGCACGAGGCCCUGGAGACGCCCGACACCAAGACAUGGGAGGUGGAUGUUGAGCUUCCCAGUGUGGGUCCCUCUGUGUUCUGUGGAGUGGGUCUGGCUGUCGGACUGCUCGGAGUCGCUACUGGAACUUUCUUCCUCGUCAAAGGAAACGGAUGCAACUGACACUUCAGAUAACAACUCUAAUAAAACAUUAUGUUUAUAAUAUUUAAUACACUGUUUCUCCCUGAUACACCUGUUUCUGUGUUUUCAGCCAGAAGUAAAGUGUUCAGAGAAGGUUUAGAUUCAUACCAUGAAUUCUCAUUUUGGUUUUUCACUGAGGAAACUGUUCAUCCACUAGAGUUUAAUUCAUCUCUUAAACCAUGUAAGGUUUUAUUAAAUAUGAAGUUUUUUCUUGUUCCAUUGUACACCUGUUGGGUUGAAUUUCUUAUCUGUGUGCAGAAAUCUGUGAAUACGUCUUUCUUUUCCAAUUUGUGUAAUGUAAUUAAUGUUAGAAGAGAAAAUGCAAAUGAAAAGGAAUGAGCACCUGCAAAUAAUUAAAGAAAUAAACUUUAUUUCCAUGAA